CGGGGCGGGACUUCUGGCUUAUCGUCAUCCUGGUCUGCUUCUCGUUGAUUCUUUCACUCGGUCAGAGGUUCUGGAGCUCCGGGUUUGGAUUGUGGUAACGGGACCAGAGAAAGGGCGGGAGGAGGCGCUGUCCCCGCCUCACAUCUUUGGGUCCACAGCUCGGCGACGCCGCCCGGGCUGCUCCGCACGUGGGCUCGGACAGGGAUCUCCAGCCCCGGUGUCCGCCGUACCUCCUCCCCCCCCCCACCGGCCCCGAGUCCAAUGGCGGCAGCCGCGCCCAGGGCUCCAGCGCAGGGUGGCAUGACCUUUGAGGAUGUUGCUGUGUAUUUCUCCCAGGAGGAGUGGGAUCUCCUUGAUGAGGCUCAGAGACUCCUGUACCACGAUGUAAUGCUGGAGAACUUUGUACUUAUAUCCUCACUAGGUUGCUGCUGUGGAGUAGAGGAUGCAGAGGCAAUCUUUGAACAAAGCAUUUCUGUAGGUGUGUCACAGCCUUGGACUCAGAAGGAACCUCGGUCUCCCCAGAAGACCUACCCCUGUGAGAUGUGUAGUUCAGUCUUGAGAAAUAUUUUCCACUUGGUUGGGCACCAGGGAAAACAAAAGAGUCAGAAAAUUUUCAAAUAUGGGACAUGUGUGAAACAAAUUUAUUCCAGUGCAGACCUUCAGCAGCAUGAGAAGCAGCAGGUGGGAGAAAAACCCUUUGUAAGCAGUGUGGACAGGGCAUCAUUUGUGAAGAGCAGCAAUUUCCAUGAUUCAGGAAAGUCCUUCACCUGUGAGGUAGUUGAAGAGGACCUCUUGGCCCCCUCAGAACAUCUCGAACACCAGUCCACUCAUACUGGGGAGAAUAAAAUCACUGAGUCUGGGGUGUCUUCUCAAAGCUUAAAACAUCAUAACACCUGGGAAGAAUGCAGGAAACCCUUUGGUCCCAAACACACACUUGGUCAGGACGAGGGUGUCCACACUGGAAGACAGUGUUUUGUGUGCCCUGAAUGUGGAAAAACAUUCAGGUACAAGUCCUCACUUAUAAUUCAUCAGAGGGUCCACAAUGGUGAUAGGCUUCAUGUGUGUAGUGACUGUGGAAAAUCCUUUAGGGGAAGCUCAACCCUUAGUCAACAUCGAAGAAUUCAUACUGGGCCAAGGCAGUACAAAUGCAGCAAAUGUGGGAAAUCCUUUAGCCAAAAAUUUGUCCUCAUUUAUCCUCAGAGAAAUCACACUGAAGAAAAUUGUUACGUGUGCCGUAUAUGUGCUCAGUCUUUUAGCCAGAACUCCAUCCUUAUUCGACAACGUACAAUUCACACUGGAGAAGUGAGUUAUGAGUGUACUGAAUGUGAGAAAUCUUUUAGACGAAAAUCUGAUCUUAUUGAACAUUGGAGAGUACAUACAGGAGAAAGGCCUUAUGAGUGUAGUGAAUGUGGAAAAUCUUUUACUUCUAGCUCUGCACUCCGUUAUCAUCAGAGAAUUCACACUGGAGAAAAACCUUAUAAGUGUAGUGAAUGUGGGAAGUCUUUUACGUCUAGUUCUGGCCUCCGUUAUCAUCAAAGAAUUCAUACAGGAGAGAGACCAUAUGAGUGUAAUGAUUGUGGGAAAUCUUUUACCCAAAUAAAUCACCUCAUCAUACACCGAAGAGUUCAUACUGGAGAAAGGCCUUAUGAAUGUAGUGAAUGUGGAAAAUCUUUUAGCCACAAAUCUUACCUCUCUCAACACCAGAGAGUUCACACCGGAGAAAGGCCCUAUGAAUGUAGUGAAUGUGGAAAAUCUUUUACCUCUGGCUCUGCCCUCUGUUAUCAUCAGAGAGUUCACACUGGAGAAAAACCUUAUGAGUGUAGUGAAUGUGGGAAAUCUUUUACCAAUGGACCAAUACUUAUUCGACACCGUAGAGUUCACACAGGAGAAAGACCUUAUGAGUGCAGUGAAUGUGGGAAAUCCUUUACCCAAAGAAAUCACCUCAAUAUACACCAGAGAGUUCACACAGGAGAAAGGCCUUAUGAGUGCAAUGAAUGUGGAAAAUCAUUUACAUCUGGCUCUGCCCUCCGUUAUCAUCAGAAGGUUCACAUUGGAGAAAGGCCUUACGAGUGCAGAGAAUGUGAGAAGUCUUUUACUUCUACCUCUGCCCUCCGUUGUCAUCAGAGAGUUCACACAGGAGAAAGGCCUUUUGACUGCAGUGAAUGUGGGAAAUCUUUUAGGGAUAGUUCCCAGUUGAAUCAACACCAGAGAGUUCACACUGGAGAAAAGCCUUAUGAGUGUAGUGAUUGUGGGAGAUCAUUUAGUCAAAAUUCAUACCUCUCUAAACACCGGAGAGUUCACACUGGAGAAAGGCCUUAUGAGUGCAGUGAAUGUGGGAAAUCUUUUACUUCUGUCUCUGCCCUUGGUUAUCAUCAGAGAGUUCACACUGGAGAAAGGCCUUACGAGUGUAGUGAAUGUGGGAAAUCUUUUACCAAUAGCUCUAUACUGAUUCGACAUCGCAGAGUUCACACAGGAGAAAGGCCUCAUGAGUGCAGUGAAUGUGGAAAAUCCUUUACCCAAAGAAUUCAUCUCAUUAUUCACCGGAGAGUUCACACAGGAGAAAGGCCUUUUGAAUGCAAUGAGUGUGGGAAAUCUUUUACCUCUCGUUCCACCCUACAUUAUCAUCAAAGAGUUCACACAGGAGAGAGGCCUUAUGACUGCAGUGAAUGUGGGAAAUCUUUUAGUCGAAAAUCUAAUCUUUCUCAGCAUCGGAGAGUUCACACUGGAGAAAGGCCUUAGAUGCAUAGGAAUGGAGUUUCCUUCUUCAGAGUAAUGAUACCAGAGGAAACUCUGUGAGGCACCAUUUGUCUGAAUUCAAUCUACUACAUCCAAAUGCCAAUAGUAAGGAGAUUUCCCUUAAGUUUCAGUUAUGUGGGAAGCAUUGUGGCUAUGUUGCAUUUUCUAAACUGCCUAGGGCUCUUUCCAGAUUUACAUUACUGCCAGUCUUUGGCCAAAGCAAUGUACUUCUACCAUUUGGCAUGUCUCCACAACAUGCAUCAGUCAUCACCCCAUUGUGCUCAGGGAAGAUGACCUCUGCUUUCAUUUGUUGAAGGAAAUUAGGAGUAACCUGAGUCCUUAGGGGGACCCACAUUUCCUUUUUUCUGACUAACUGGCAUGGACCUGACCCAUACUGUCCUAGAGAACCACCAUAUUGUCCUAGGACCACCGUUUGCAGGGACAUGGUCUCCAGAGAUAUGUGUGAUUAAUUUUCCAGCUUCCAAGUCACUAACUCAAAAACUGCUAGCCCCUAUUGGUUUGGUUUGUAUAGUAACAAGUCCUUAUUGUUUAAGUCCUCUUUAAUUUUGGGUGUUCUCUUUACCAUGUAUGUGGUUUAUUAAACAUUUUGAGGUCUACAAGAAUGCAGGAGUAAACAACUUUCAUUGGGGAGGAGGGUCUCAAACUUUCGUAUCUCAAGGUGUCAAUAUGGUGGCAGAAAUUAGCUUACCAGUUUUUGCUAAAUUUGUAUUCCCUGUGGCUUCCUAGGGAAAACUGCAGGGUUUUCUGGUCCUGAUUUGAGACCGGAUGCAAUGAGUUUUGGGAGUCUCCGAGGUCACCCCCAGGAGAUCAGGUGUGAGAACCUCAGUUCCUUCUAGGAGCAGCAUGAAAGUUUUUCCCUUGUUCACAGAGGAUAUCAUAGAGGACGCCAGCACUGUUGAGGGGAACUUCUUCCCCAGGUCCUGCAAAGAGCCAUUUGCCCUGAUGUCCGCAUUUCUGUAGGUGAUGGUCACUGGUUGUAAGGCCAUAAGGGUCAGGGGGAAACCAGAACUACUGCAGAAACACUGGCUUAAUAGUGGAGGGGACUACAGCCAAUUAUAUGGAAUGUGCCUCUUCUAAAAGUGCACACAGAAAUACUUCUGCAGUGAGGACUGCAGAGCUGGUGUGUGCACAAAUCUGUGGACCUCCAGGUAUAUCUAUUUUGUGUAGCUUAUGUCAUCAUUGGAAAGAAUUGAAAGGUAUUUUGGAUUCCUGUAGCCUAGUGAUGUUCACCUCAAGACCAUUGCUGCACAGGGAGGAAAACAGAUCGAGAAAGCAGGGAUCUGUAGUCCAGGGAUGCGGCUUUCGUGACCCAGUCAGCAGUCUUUUUGGCUGUAGUGGAAAGUCUUUAAUUGCUAUAUUUUCUUUCACUGAGCAAAACUGGCCUCCACAAUGCAAAAAUGUGUGGUGAAUGUAGGGUUGCAAAACCUAUUUUCCAAAAAGAGUUGGACAGAUUUUUAAUCUUGAAUCAUUUUUUAAAGCUUUAUUAAAGUAUAAUUUACAUGUAAUAAAUUGUACAUAUUGGAAAUGUAGUCUUCAGUAAGUUUUGACCUACUGAUGACCCUGAAACAUCAUAGUCAUGAUAGUGAGCAUAUGUGUCAUUGCAUAUUUACCUCAUGUUCUUAGUAAUUUCUCUACCUGUCUCCCCAGUCCUCUGAGUCACCAUUGACUUACUUUCCAUUGUAAUAGAAAACUCUUAUUUUCUAUGAUUUAUAUAAUAGGAGUCUGAACUAUUUCCUUCCUGUUUUUAUGUUGCAUAAAUAAUUGUAGAAUCAUCAGUGAUAUAUAAGUAGCUUGUUUUGUGUUUGGUGGUUUGUGGUUUUUGUUUUGUUUUUUUGCUGAGAAAUAUUCUUGUUUUUGAGUAUAACACUAUUAGUUUACCCAUUAAUUUGUUAAUGGACAUUUGGGUAUUUCUAAUUUUUGCCUAUGGAAAAUAAAGAUACAAACAUUUGUGUGUAAUUAUUUAUAUGGACAUGUGUUUCACUUAAUCUUUUGUCAAUAACUCAGUGGAAAGUCUGAGUCAUAGAGUAGAUCAGUGUUUAACUUAAAUUAGUAAAUUGUGAUCUAAACGAUUAUACCUUUUUGCAUUCUCACCAGCAGUGUAUGAGAGUUGCAUUUCCUGCAUAUCCUAGUGAGUGGUUUAGUUUGAUCAGUUGUUCUUAAUUUUGACCCUUUUUAUAAAUGUGUAGUGCUGUCUUAGUGUUUGAACUGCAUUUCUGUAAGGAGUCACCGUGACUAUUUCAGAUGUGCAUUUGCUAUCUAUAUUUUUGCUAAAAUGUCUGUUCAUAUUUUCUGCCUAUUCUAUGAAUUGUGAGUAUUCUUUUACAAAAGAAUGUGAAACAAAGAUAUGUUGGAAUUUCACUCAUUUUGUGACUUUUUUAACUUUUUGGAGUCCUUUUUAAUAUUGGAAGUGUAUGUUCUCAUUGUUUUCAGUUUUUUUAUGCUAUGUAUAACGUAAUGGACAUAUAUAUACUUUUAAUUUUAAUCUGCAUUAUUGACAUUUUUGCUUUUAAAGUCCAGACAUUUAAAAAUACAAUAAACCGUUGCUUUGUAGUGUUCA